AUGUUGAUCAACCUUCACAUCUAUCUCGAAGCGGUCGCAGAUGUCCAGGAAGUUGACUCCGAUGCAACAUCUAGUACAAUUCACAAAGAUAACAACUCGGUGAACGUCGGUGGGCUUGUGAGCAUUGGGUUCCAGAGGACAAUCCGCGUUCCAGAUAACGAUAAAGUCCAGGCUCUUCCCCUAGCCUGGGAUCUUUCCGACUAUUGUGCGUUAAUCUCCAAGCAAGAGAUUACUACUCAUUCAAUUCACAGCAAUGUCGGAAAAUGCGCCGACCGUCUUCCAAAGUCUGUCAUCUCCAAGGGAGGUGUGUUCUUGAGUAUGUAUCAAAAGGAAGCUAUGUGGAUGUCCUUUCUUUCCGCAGACCCAUGCGCGCUGAAGGUUUCUGUUGGAGGAAUUAAUGCGCUGACGGGUACGCCGCAAGGCGUUUCGGCGAUAGGAAAGCAAGAUUAUCUGCCAUUGGGCAAUGCUCAUGGGCAACUUUGGCUGGAUGGCAUUUCAACCACUCCAGGCAUCGUUAGGCAAUUUGUGGCGGUCCCUCUUGGUCAUAACCACACCGUAGAAGGCCAAUUGACUGGACGUGAGGUCAGAUUUGGUGUUGAGAUGGCUUGUUCCAAUCGUGCUGAUGGCUGCCUAACGCAGACUGAGGGAGGGAUUCAGAUCGAUGUUUUUCCAAAAUACCCAACCUCGGUGUCAUUCAUCAAAACGGGCGAAGCCUUGUGUCUUUACAAUACACCCCGUGAGCUGGGUCUUGUUGAAAAUGAUUUCUUGAAGAUGUUGGACUAG